AAUGCUGAGGGUGAAGCUCAGGUUAAAUGUAGUUCCAGAAAUGCAGACAAGAAAUGUGUCUUGACUGCUAUUCUGCUCACUCACGCCCCAACCUGACAUAAUCCACAGACUCUGUUCUACUUUGGUUGACAAGGUCCCGACUGUUUAUCCGCUCGCGCGACAGCAGUUCCGCAGCCGCGCGCCACCCAGUCUGAAGUUACAGCGAGGCGGAGCGGCUCGCAGGGAGGACGCUGUGGCUGAAGAGCUCUAUCACUCGGAGAAACCGAGGACGCUGAAGCCAAAAGCCCUCCCAGGCAGCGAGUAAGACAGAGGGAGUCCAGGAGCUUUGCCUUUACGCGCGUCAAAAAGGAGAGCGGAGUGUGGGCGCAUCUGCCUGCUACCAACAUGUCCGCAGCCACGGCCUCAGUAGCAGAUGUGAGGCUAGAGAAUAAAGAAGACAUCCGCACCCGGAGCAAACAAGGCGGUCCGCAGGCUCAGUGCACACCGAGGCCCCUGCCGGCUGUGGGGACCCAAAGGAUCAUUCGGGGCAACGGGACCAAUGUGGGAACAGUCAUUUCCCUGCAGUGCCCAGCUAAACACAAACUGGUGGGCAAAGAUUUGACGUGUGUCAUGGGCACCAACAGCACCCAAUGGGACGGGGAGACCUUCUGUCGGCCUCUGGCCCCCUAUGAAGACUAUGGUUACCGUGUGGCUGUCCUGGCAUCCAUUAUAAGCUCGGGAAUAAUCUUGCUCAUGUCUGUGGGCUUCAUCACCUGCUGUUUGCUUGAAUGCACCGAAAAGGAUAAACAUAAAAAGCGAAGGAGGUCUCAAUUCAUUUUUGAUACCAGAGAGGGCGAUGAUCUUCCAUGGGAGGGUCAGGACCAGCACCAGGAGGACAGCUUGUCUCGUUACAGUCAUAAAGGCCGGAACAACAACAACAAUAACGCAGAGGAGAAGAUGCUGCCUUUGUGGGAGCCAGCAAACUCAGCCCCGUGUAACAGCGUUCCACCCUGCAGAUGUCAGCAGCAGUACAUCCACGGACCCCCUCCACCUUCACUUGCAGCUCUUCCUGGACAGGAAUACGAUCAGCCUCUCUUACCCGAAAACCCGCCGACUCGUCCCCCUGAGUACCCAGGACCUCCUCUCUCCUUCUGUCCAGCUGCCAGUUCAGGACUGGUUCACUUCUCAGCGGCGGGGUCGGGACUGGUGUGGCAGUAUGGAGGACAACACUGUGAUAUAUCUGAAGUCAACCCAUCAGUCACGAGGAGUAUAAACACAAACGGCAAUAUAAACCCCAAAGAAGUUUCCAUCAGGAUCAUAUCGGUGUGAGAAUGCUUUGCUGACAGAGCCAUUUUGAGAUCUUGUGUGAUGUUCACUCAUGUUUAACACCGUCAGCUCAGAUUUUGAGUGAAAUCACGUCAGCAUGUAAUGUGAAAAAAAUAAAAUAAAAUAAAAUCUGGA